AUGGCAUCCAUCGCCCGCUACAGCCUCAUCUUCUACGCACCGCCCGCCGCCGUCGAGGCCUGCAAGGCCGCCAUCUUUGCCGCCAGCGCCGGCCGCUACCCCGGCCCGGGCAACUACACCGAGUGCUGCUGGUCCGCGACCGGCACCGGCCAGUUCCGCCCCGGCGACACGGCCAGCCCGCACCUCGGCCGCGUCGGCGCCCUCGAGCAGACGCCCGAGGUGCGUGUCGAGACGCUGUGCCUCGGGCUGGACGUGGCCAGGAAGGCUGUCGCCGCGCUCAAGGGGUAUGAAUUUGCCCGCCCUGUCUGCCCAUCUCGUCUGACUGCACUCUGUUGGUACCGUGGCCAUUGA